AUGCUCGCUGUCAUGAACGCCGCCCCCGCCGCCUUUCCCUUCGCUGGUCCGUCCUCGUCCCACCCCGCGCCCCAUGGCCAGAAACGGCCGAGAGGGCUCUGGAAGGGCCGGCGCGACUCCCCCGCGUCUAGGCCCGCCGCUGCCGAGCCCCCGAAAGCACCUGCCAGUACCCGCGACAGCGACCUCUCGGACGGCGACGAGGACGGUCGCAGCUACAGCUCAGGCAGCUCCAAGCGUCGCCGCUUCUCCGGCCCCGACUUUUCUGCCUCGUCCUUCUCUCCCUUCCCCUCGCGUCCCCACACUCCGUAUGAGCUCGGCUCGCCUGUGGCUAUGACCAGCAGCACCAAGGGGAAGGAGACGUGCACAGUCGACUUUGAAGACUGGCAAAAUUUGAAGGCGCUUUUCACCCGCGCAGCGGAUCGGUCCGACUGCGACGAUGCGGAGGAGGCCCUGCCCCUAUUGCGCGCCGUCAUCCGCGAGUGCACCCGCUUCCUGACCGUGCACCGCGACCCCUCCGUCAUCUUCACCGAAACCAGCGCGCGCCACUCGCGCUCGCCCGACGUGCUCACCCCCACCGACGACCGCAUCGCGCGCGACUGGACCCACGACGCGCACACCCGGCCCGCCGCCUACCGCGAGCAGCCCACCGCCUUCCACGCCCUCUUCGGCUCCGCGCUCUUCCUCACGGGCAACAUCCUCGCCGCCGACCCCGCCCUCGCGCUCCCCGCCGAGCCGCGCGACGCCUCCGCCUACUGGCUCGGCGCGCUCGACGUCUUCGAGACCGGCGAGAACCUCCCCAGCCGCACGAGCGGCUACGGCGCCAACGACGCCGAGGACUGGCGCAUGGCCAUCGUCUGGGGCCGCACCCUCGUCGCGCUCGCCGACGAAAAGGUCGCGCACUCCAUCGCCGUCGCCAAGGCCGCCGCCGGGGGCGGGACGGACGACAACAACUACUGCUACCUGCCGACGCUCUCGCCGUUCAGCGCCGCGGAGCCCGCGUGGCCGCCCGGCUCGCCCUUCGCGGCGAUCGCGGGCGUGCGCCCGCCCGUCUCGCGCCGCGCGCUCCUGCACUCGGCGAGCGCGCACGAGCUGCUCGUGCUCGCCAUGGACCAGUUCUCGCGCGGGAUCUUCCACAUGCCGCACGUGCACUACGCGGGCUCGCACAACCCGCCGUCGCAGGUCUACCAGCCCGCGCCUCCCCCACCCCGGCAGCGGCACCAUCGGCAGCAGCAGCGGCAGCAGGUGGACCCGCGGUUCUCGCGCGCGAAGGAGCUGUUCACGCUCGCGUCGGAGGUGCUGGGCGUGGCGGAGCGCCUGCCGGCGGCGGCGCAGCGCGCGGAGUGGGCGGCGUGGGCGGACAGUGUGUUCACGCAGAUGCGGAUGGAGGCGGAGCUGGACGCGUGGCGCGCGCCGCUGAACGCGGCGCGCGGGCGGUGCUGGCUCGUCGUGGGCGAGGCGGCCGCGGAGGGCGUCGAGGGCGCGCUCGAGGAGGGCGAGGGGAUGGACGUGUUGGCGUCGAGAGAGGCGGGGGAGGCGAGGGAGGGGCUGGGCAAUGCUGUGACGUUCUUUGAGCGCGCGAGGGCGGCGGGGGCGCGUGCGCCGGAGGACGAGAACACGCCGUUGCUGGUCGAGGCGCUGAUCACGCUGGCGAACCUGACGGUGGACGCGGCCGCGCGCGAAGAGCUGUACGCGCGCGCGCAGCUCGAGGCGGGCGCCGACCUCGGGCUCGACGCGGAUGCGGACGCGGACGCUAUGGACGAGAGCUGA